AUGCUAGACGAAGCCGAUAAAGAGUUGUGGUCUGGAUGUAAAAAAGUCACACAACUAUCUAUCGUAGCUAGACUAUCGAAUAUAAAAUUAGAGUAUCAUAUACCUGAAAAAAGUUACGAUGCUAUCUUCCAUGUGAUAAAUGAUGUGUUACCGGAGGAGAAUAGUAUGGUAGGUAGUUUAUACGAGAGCAAAAAGUUAAUACAAGUACUACGUUUGCCUGAGGAGAUGAUUAAGUGUUGUAGGUUUGGAUGUAUGAUAUAUUGGAGGGGAGACAAAGAUCUUUAUCGGAGCAAAUUCUGCAAUGCAGAUAGGUACAAACGGUCAAAAAAUUUGGCCAGAUGUUCUCGCGUAUCCUAUAAGAGAAUACAUCACUUUCCAUUGACUCCAAGGUUGAAGAGACUGUAUGCUUCACAAGCCACAACCGCUUCCAUGCAAUGGCACUCAGAGGAUCAUGGACAUGAUGCUGGAGUAAUGUGUCAUCCAUCUGAUUCAGGAGCUUGGAAGCACUUUGACAAAAUCCAUCCUACAUUUGCAGCAGAAAUACAUAAUGUUAGAUUAGGCCUAAGUACAAAUGGGUUUGCACCACACAGAGAAUUUGGAAAAAAAUAUUCAUCUUGGCCUAUUAUUAUAACAUCUUAUAAUUUGCCACUAUCUAUGUGUAUGAAAGAGCCUUACAUGUUUUUGACCGCACUUGUGCCAGGACCUUCAAACCCUAAGCAUAAAAUAGAUGUAUUUUUGCAACCAAUAGUUGCAGAAUUGGAGCAGUUAUUGGAAGAAGGCGUAGUAACAUAUGAUAUAUCUUUAAAACAAAAUUCCCAUUUACGAGUAGCUUUAAUGUGGACAAUAAGUGAUUUUCCAACACAUGCAAUGUUGUCAGGAUGGUCUACAGCAGGUAAACUAUCAUGUCCACAUUGUAGGAAACAUACACAAGCAUUCAGACUGAAGAAUGGUAAUAAGAUGUCAUGGUUUGACUGCCAUAAAAUAUUUCUACUGGUAAAUUACCCAUAUAGAAAGGAUAAAAAUAAGUUCAAUAGGAAUCAUGAAGUGACAGAAGAUCCUCCUCCAGGUAAGAAUGGUGAACAAACUUUAAGGGAAAUUGAACAAUUCGGUUUGGUAAAAGUGACCGAACUAAAUGCUAAUGAUGUAAGCAAAGCAUGUGGCGAUCAUGGUUAG